CGCGGGGCCGGCGAUGUGAGCGCUGCGGUGGGGCCUGGGAGCUGCUUCCCCAUGUCCUGCCAUGGAUGAUGAUAGCCAGGAUGAACUGAUAAGCAAGGACACGGCCCUAGGCAAGGGCAAGAGGCAGGGUCUGACGCUCCUCAGUGAAGCAGAGAGCAAUGGUGGAAAUAGCUGCGAUUCAGAAGAUGAUACUGAAAGUGGGGAGGAGGAAGAUGACACUGAGGAGGAGGGAGGUGAGGAGGAUAAGGAAGAAAGUGAAGAUGAAGAAUUAGAAGAUUGCGAAGAUGACGAUGAAGAGGAGGAAGAGACUGAAACUGCCACUGGGGGAAUGACAGGUUCUCUGAAAUCAGAGCCAGACCUAAAUGGAGCGAGUGUUUCCUCUGAUGAGGACGGUGAGAACUGCCCGAUUUGCCUCAACACGUUCAGGGAUCAGGCUGUCGGCACUCCCGAGAACUGUUCCCACUACUUCUGCUUGGACUGCAUCGUGGAGUGGUCCAAGAAUGCCAACUCAUGUCCAGUGGAUCGAAUCCUUUUUAAGUAUAUUAGUAUUCGGGCGCAUUUUGGUGGUAAAAUUUUAAAGAAGAUUCCUGUCGAGAACACCAAAACUCAGGGCAGUGACGGAGAGGACGAUCCAACCUUCUGCGAGGUGUGCGGCAGGAGCGACCGCGAGGAUCGCCUGCUGCUCUGCGACGGCUGCGAUGCCGGGUACCACAUGGAAUGCCUUAAUCCACCUCUGAGUGAAGUCCCAGUAGAUGAAUGGUUCUGUCCGGCCUGUGCCCCCAUGGGGGUCAAUGCUGCUGCAGACACAGAUCACGUGAGUGAAGAGGAGGUGGCCGCCCUCGUGGCUGAUGUUGUUCCCACUACCAGCCGGCUGCGGCCGCACGUCCGAACCCGAGCCAUAGCCAGGACUCGGCAGAGCGAGCGAGUUAGGGCCACGGUGAACAGGAACCGGAUAACGACUGCCCAACAGAUCCAGCACGUGCCGAGGUACCUCAUGUCCUCUCUCCUGGAUGAAACCAUCGAGGCGGUCGUCGCAGGCCUGAACACGGCCAUCUACCAGCGACCUCUCACACCGCAAGCUCCACGGCAGAAAAGAAAAACGGGUAGGAGGAAGAAAGUUGCAGGCAAAAAAAGAACACAGACAAGAUCAUCUGUUGGGAAGAAGAGUUCCGGAACACACCUGAAGAGACGCAAGCGUCUAAUGAAGAAGAGAAGGGGGAAAAAGAUAAGAAUAAGAUCACAUGUGAAAAAUGAGGUUACUACUCGCUCCCGUAUUGCGAGAACUCUUGGUCUUGGUAGACCCGUGCGUGGAGCCUCCAUCCCUUCUGUGUACAAAGCAACGGAGCCCUCGCUUGGUCUUAUGAGGGCAGAUAUUGGUGCAGCUUCUUUGUCAGUGUUUGGAGAUCCCUAUGAACUGGAUCCUUAUGAAAGCAAUGAAGAGGUUCCAGCAAAUCCAGAUUCACCAGUGAGCGCCAAAAGGAGAGUUCUCUCCCAGUCAGCACUGAGGUCUCAUCGUCCUGUAGCGAGACCUGUUUCUGUAGGGCUUCCCAGAAGCAGUGUGCCUGCCUUGAGUCCUGAGCAAGAAGCUGAAGCUGCCCCUGUGCCUGACCUGCUGGGAAGUAUCCUGUCUGGACAGAGCUUCCUCAUGAUGAGUAGUUCGGAUGUGGUCAUCAACAGAGAUGGCUCGCUGACAGCAAAGAAGGCGGCUCUGCAUCCUGGAAAGCCAGCAAGUGACUCCAGAGUGGAUGAUGGUUCAGGACACAACCUUCAACCAAGUGCAGUGCACUCAGGGACCACAGCAGGUAGCUCCGUCGCUGGACCUUCGCUUUCCUCGGGGACAAGCCCUCACUCCAGACCCACCUCAUCGAGCUUGUUUUCGUCUCCUUUGCCCUCAUUGAGCAAGACUGAGCCCACAACAAACCCUGCACAGACUGCAUCAGGCAAGGCAACUGUCAGAUCAGAAUGCUCAGUGAUGCCCAGAUCUGCCCAAGCUCCUGGUCUGACUAGGCAUGGCUCUAAGUCAGAUGAGAUGCCCAAAUUUAAUGGAAACUCUAAGCGCUUUGCAACCUCUGGCAUGUCUUCAAAGACCCCAAGCUGCAACUUAAAUUCUGGCUCAAAAGCUGUAAACGUGAGGCAGCCGUUAAAACCACCUCCAAAGAGAAUUGAUAUCUUUGAGCUUCCCAGGAUACCAAAGAUUAAAAAGGAAAGCAGCAGCAAGCAGGUGGAACCAGAUCCCGCAGGAAGCCAAAGCUGUGACAUCCCUAGCUCCUGUAUAACCCAGCUGACUGGCAGAGAGGGUGCCAAUCAGCCGGGGAAAGGCAGCAGGGUGGAAAGUCAGAAGUCGAACGCCAGGGAAUCUCAGCAGCAGACGCGUACGAGUGGGGUAUCCUUUUCUACCAAUACAGGCAUGUAUGGCAGUUCAUCACUGGGCUCUUCAAGGGGCAAAGGCCCAAGCUCUUUUGAGAGUUUUAAAAUUAAUAUACCUGGAAAUGCAGGGCCUUCCAGCAGACCGUCUAAUCCAGGAUUUUGUAACACCUUCCGCCCCGUUGAUGACAAGGUCCAGCAGAAGGAGAAUUCUUCGUCUCUCUUCUCUGUUAAGAAAAAACAGGUCAAAAGUGAAAUAUAUGAUCCCUUUGAGCCAACAGGGUCAGACUCGAGUUCAGCAAGCAGCAGCCCUGAAAGGCUUGGCUCAGGGAUCCCCCUGACUAACAUCACCAGGACUAUUUCCAUUGAAAAUCCAAAAGUUCAGACAUUUCAAACAGUCCGUCGUUUUACUCCUUACACAGUAAAAAAUAUAUUUGGGUCUGAAUCUGAUGUGCCAUCUAGUAAUGCGGAGGCUCAUGAUGAUGCAACAGUAGAAAGCAGGAUUGUAGAACAGAUCUCUGAUACAGAGGAACAAGAACGUAUGGAUGAGGAGGAUUUUCUAAGCAGACCUUGCACUUCAUCCGCUGUUAAGCAAAUUUCUAAUACAGAACCUUUAAAGGAGGAGAGCAGAGAAGGUCCUAACGUGUUCUUUAAUGCUGAACAAUUGAUUAGGCCCAAUAUUAAUGUGAAACUAGAACCAGCUAUCCCCUCAAAGAGUGAUGGGCAGCAAAAAGUGCAAAAAACAGAACAGACAGAGCGACGAUCACGUUCCAGAUCCUGUUCAAACUCCAGUUCCCGAAGCAAGAAGAAGACAAAAAGGAAAAAGGCAUUGGUCAAAGAGCAUAAAAGAUCCCGGUCAGGAUCUAGGGACAGAGUGCGUUCAGGGGACCAGAGCUCCAGGUCCACUUCUUGGUCGAGUGGAGAAGAGCACAGCAAAACACACAGGUUGAAACCCAAGAGCAGGAGGUCUUCUACUGACCGCUCUAGUAGUCAUGAACGAUCUAAAAAAAAGAAAACCAAGGAUAAAACCAAGGAUAAAAAGACAAAAUCCUCCUGGUCUAAGGAGAAAAGGAAAUCUAGGUCACGUUCAGGGAGCCCUGGAAGUACUUCAGAGUUUCAUGAAAAUAGGAAAAAGAAGAGACGGUCUCGAUCAAGAUCAAGGCGGAGGGAUCGUUCCCGAUCAAAUAGUGGUGAGAGGACUAAGAGACGGAAGCACAGGAGGGACAAAAGCUACGAGAGACAUGACAAAGAUAGUGGCUUGAGGUCCAGAGAGAGAAAGAGAUCCAGAUCCAGGUCUCGUGAGAGGAGAAAGUGGCGCUCUCGGUCUCGCUCUGCAUCUCGGUCUCGGGAGCACAAAAGCACCAAGUCAAAGGAGAAGAGACCGCGGUCAAGAUCGCGCUCCAAAGAAAGAAAACACAAAUCAAAGGAGACCGUGCCUUUUCCUCCCCUGGAAAAGGAUCAAAAGCCUCCAGUAGAAAAUGUAUCCAGGACUCUAGAGCAACCCCAUGCCUGCGAACAGGAGCCGAAGGAGGAGCUAGAACUCGAACAGGUUUCUAUAACCAUCCAACAAAACAUCAAGCUCGAGGAGGAAACACAGGCUGAGAUCCCAGUACAAGCGAGGGAGCCCCAGGAGAGUAUAGAGACGGAACAGAUCUGUGAGGACGUGACAAAUGAAACUGUAUUCCCUGUGCUGGAGAACACAAGCAUUUCUGUCCCAGCUAGCAGUGUGGAUUCCUUAGUUGAAAAGGAAUUAAUGAGUAAUAGUGAUUCAUUAGUGCUUGGUAGCUCCAGCAAUACCAACCUCGAGAUUACGGUUAAAAUAGAAAACACUGCUCCGUGUCCAUCUCUGAUGGACGCCCCUCAGAAGAAGGAAGUUACCAUGCAAGCUCAGACUGAGGCCGCACCAGUUCAAAGCUCAUCCAAAAGUGAAGUCACAGACCCUGCGAAGGACGAUAGAGAUGAGUGCCUUGUGUCAAGUGAAGCAGCCAGUAAAUUCAGCAAGCCCGAACUGGAGGUGGCACCUCAGGGUCCUGCGUUGAAAUCUAAAGCCCCAGUGAAAAGAGUUACCUGGAAUCUGCAGGAGGAACAGAGUGGCACGUUGUCUGCCGGAAGAGCUCCUAGGAUGCCGUUCUACCGGCUUCAGCGAGCGAAAGAAGGGGCCUGGAAAGCUGAGGACUUGAACCAAACAUUAAAUCAGGUGUACUGUCAGAACGUACCUUUGACGCCGCCCCUGCCCUCCAGCCUUCCCCCGUACGCGCCCGUCAGCCAGCCCACGGUGCAGUUCAUCCUGCAGGGCAGCCUUCCAGCACUCGCCUCCGCAGCGGGGCCCAGUUUGACUCCGGAGCCAGGCAGCCUGGCUCCUGCCUCCGAACCGGGGAUCCAGGCUGCCGCCGUUGGAAGUGCGGAAGAGAAGGUGAAAGCACCCAAGCCUCCAGUGGAUAAAACAAAAAAUGAAGAAUACAUGAAGAAGCUUCACAUGCAGGAAAGAGCUGUGGAAGAGGUGAAACUUGCUAUUAAACCCUUUUACCAGAAGAGGGAGAUUACAAAGGAGGAAUACAAGAAUAUUCUGCGAAAAGCAGUGCAAAAGAUCUGCCACAGCAAAAGUGGAGAAAUCAACCCCAUGAAGGUAGCCAACCUGGUAAAAGCUUACGUGGAAAAAUACAAACAUAUGAGGAAGCAUAAGAAGUCUGAUGGUGAAGAUGCUCGUGAAGUGGAAAACUGAGAGUGAGCCAGAGCCAACCUGGCUUGUCCUGAACUUACUCUGGCUGAGAACACUAUUCCAGAGGAAAUAAUAGAUCUGCAGUUGCAUCUCAUGGAAAACAAAGUGCAGAGAAGCAAGAUGCUAAUAAGAUUUUUCUGCUGAAUCUACUUUUGAAUUGUUUCCAUAUGGGAAUGAACUUGGGGUUUUCUUGGAUUACCUACAGAUGUAGAACUAAAUAAUUAUCAAAUGCCUCAGACCAGCAGAAUAAUUCCAGGGGAAACACAGAACAGAUUAAUGUUUGGGACUCCCAAAUUGCUACAGUUUUCAGGGUUAUUUUAAUCACAAUUUUGGGCUGUGCACCUGUCUCGCUAAAAAUUUGAAACUGGACACCACUUUUCAUAUACAGUGUAUCAAGAGCUGUAUACGGUUUCCCUUGUGUUUAUUUAUCACAUAUGGAUUGUCUUUAGAAACUCCUGAUUUGAUACUUGAAAUGUGGUAUUUUUAGCCCGCUUGAUGGUGAGCGAAGCUGUACUCGCUCUGUCAUUUGGGGACUGCAAAAGUGAGCUAACCUUUAUAAAUUGACUUCAGAAACACUGCUCAAGCUGUGGUGUUUAUUUACAUUUUGUUGGAAGUAUCUCGUUAGUGAAGACUUUUAAUU